CUCCCCCUCUCUUUCUUCUCUCUCCGUCUACAUUUGAGAACCACUACAUUGCUUCUUCUGUACGACCGAUUGACCAUCUCAAUCGUUUGCAGAACCAAAGACUGUCAGUCAGUCAGUAAGCCACCCUCUAUGUGUUUGUCUCAUUGUUCCUCAAAGAAGAUCCUGUGUUCUGUUCUCCACUUUCCAUUUGACCUCCUCCUCCCUUCUCUGUCUCUGUUAUCAGGUUGUUCAAAGUCAUAUAUUUUUUUCUUUCAUUACAACUGAUUUCAAGUUUCAAGAAGAAAAAGCCUCUUGAUUUGAGGUGGGUUCUCGAUUUUCUCAAUUGGGUCAUGGCAGUUUGCUGUGAUCUUCAAGUGGAUGUCAAUGGGGAAGAGAUCUUCAUGGUGGACAAGAAAAUUAUUUCUUCCUAUUCAGGCAGAUUAAGAAAAUUGUUUGGUAAGUCAGCUGGGACUGCGGAAAAUCUGAAAGUGCUAUUUCAUGACUUUCCAGGAGGGGCAGAGUGUUUUGAGCUUAUUUCAAUGUUUUGCUAUAACAAUGGAAGGGUUAAUAUAAAUCCUUCUAAUAUCUAUCUCCUAUAUUGUGGUGCACAAUUCAUGGAAAUGAACUGUUCUGUAUCUGGAAAGCAUAAUUUGUUGGAAAAAACGGAGAAGUCGCUUGAUGAGAUUGGGUAUUGGACAUGGCCUGAGCUUUUAGUUGCUUUGAAGCACUGUCAAGAGUUACCGAUGGUCGAGAGUACUUCAUGUGUAAUAGAGAAAUUUAUUGAUUCCCUUGUGGGAAAGAUGGCUGUUGCCAGUGAAUUAAGCCCGUGUCCGUCUACUUCGUCCCCAGAGAGUUCAAGUUUUCGGGUUUCUUGUGGCACCAGAAGCACUGAGAGUUUCAAGAACAGCUUCUCCAGAGCAACAUGGUGGUUUGAGGAUCUUCUAGUAUUGAGUCCAAGUCUGGUUGAAAUGGUCAUCAAAUCAAUGGUUGGGUGUAAAUUCGAUCAUAGUAUCAUCAGCAAGUUCCUCUUUUACUACCAAAGGUCCAAAAUUUUCGCAGCCAAAUCCGACAAGUGUAAGGCUAUUGAGACAAUCAUCGAUAUCCUAAACACUCUUGAAUGGAACUCCAUUUCAUGUAAGAGUUUAUUUGGGAUUCUUCAAGUGGCAUUAAGUUUGAGAAUAAGCAAAUGCUGCAGGAGGAAGUUGGAGAGUAUGAUCGGUUCUCAGUUGGAUCAAGCAACAUUAGAUAAUCUGCUUGUUCCAUCUCCACAUGGAAUGAACUACUUAUAUGAUGUAAAUCUUGUUCUGAGAAUCUUUAAGGCAUUUCUGCACGGAGGAAACCGUCAAGUAUCUCUCGAGCAACUGAGAAAAGUUUCUAGCUUGAUGGAUUUGUACAUGGCAGAAGUAGCCCCUGAUCCCGGUUUGAAACCUUCCAAGUUCUUGGCUUUAGCCUUGGCCCUUCCGGAUUCUGCUAGAGAAUCUCAUGACGAAAUCUACCGUGCCAUAGACAUAUAUCUGGAGGUACAUGCAAGAUUAUCAGAAGAGGGAAAGAAUACAAUAUGUUUUGCAUUGAAUUAUGACAAGCUCUCCUCUGAGGCCUGUGUACAUCUUUCUCAGAAUACAAGAUUUCCAUCAAAACUUGCAGUCCAAGCUCUCAAAUCUCAACAGCUCAAACUUAAGAGCUUAAUCCAGAACACCAAUAAUCCCAAAUCCUACACUGACUCACCUUGUCAAUUCAAGGAAAUAAGAAACAAGGAGGAGAAAGAUGAAGCCAGUGAACAGAUUGUGCUCUAUUCUCGGAAGCUUGAUUAUUCGACCGAUGACAAAGAACAACUAAGAGAACAUAUUCAAGGAAUGCAAUUGAGGGUGAUUGAAUUGGAGAAGGUUUGCAGGAAAAUGCAAACCCGGAUGUCAAAAAACGCGAAAUCAAAAACUCCAAGCCAUGGUACUGCUAGAUCAUUACCCAGGCUGUGUUCAUGAUUUAAUUUUGCUCAAUAUUUUUCCUUAUUCAACUUAUCUGUACAUGUGUAUAGCAAAAUGCAUGAUUUUUCUUAGCUGUGGUUCUUUCUUUUCUGCGAAACCAAAAAGGAUAUCCGGGUAGUUGGUUGUACAGUUACAAUAAAAGAAGGAAUUUUCAC